AUGAUUCAUUAUGGUUGUAAAGUGGUUUUUCUCAACAAGAGUCCUCUGGUCUUGGUGGGUGUGUCACAGACCUGUCAGUCAGACAAGGAGCUGCUGCGAGAACUUCAGUACAUCUACUACCAGAUCGUCAGCCUUCUCACCCUCACUCAGCUCAACCACAUCUUUCAGCACAAGCAGAAUUACGACCUGCGCCGCCUGCUUACUGGCUCCGAGUACCUCAUAGACAACCUACUGCACCAUCUGGAGCGGGAUCCUGGUCUGCUGCUUAGCGCCGUCACCUGCCUGCCCCUGGUCAGCUGUGCCAGAGACGUAGUCUCAUCCAGCCUACAGGCCGCCAAAGCCAAAAACUUAGUGUUCUCCAUCCUGUUGGCUGGUGACCGCCUGGUCACUCUGGUCAGGAAGAAGGACCAGUUUCUGCAUCACAUAGACUUACACCUGGUCUUGAACCUCGUCGGCUCUUCUUCGUCCUUCCGGGAGGGCGAGGGCUGGACUCCCAUCUGCCUGCCCAAGUUCAACACGGCAGGAUUUUUCCACGCUCACAUCUCUUACCUGGAGCCCAGGUCAGAGCUCUGCCUAAUCCUGGUCUCAACCGACAAAGAGGACUUUUUUAACAUGUCUGAGUGCAAGCACCGCUUCAUGGAGAGGUUGAGCAAGCGCAGCGCCUACCAGGCCCUGAAGGAGGCGCUCAAAUGUCCAAGUUACUCCGUGGAGCAGGUUGGCAUCCCCGAGCUCAGACACUUCCUGUACAAAUCCAAGAGCUCAGGGCUGUACACCAGUCCCGAGUUUCCAGUGGUGUACCAGUCUGAUGAAGAGCAGGAGAGACUGAUGGGACUGUACCAGGACCUCCACAGCAGUUUGCACCAUCCAACCAGACCCCUGCGCUCCUUCUAUCGCUGCAGUGACACUGAAAACCUGCUGGCUUGGGUGACAAGUGGCUUCGAGCUCUAUCUUUGCUUCAGCCCGUUGGCGACCAAGGCCAUGGCUGUGUCCGCCGUCAACAAACUGCUGAAGUGGAUCAGGAAGGAAGAGGAUCGCCUUUUCAUCCUGAGUCCACUUACAUACUGAGUCAUUGCUGUUGGCUGACCUCCUGACCCCCCCACAAAGAAACCAGGGGCUUCGUAUUCACUGUGUGGCCUGAUGCCAAAAACCACAUAAGAUAAUGGAGUAGGAAUCACUUCAAUGUAGACAAAUGAUUGUCUGGGCCAUGCAUUUCUUUAAUCCUGAGAUAUCUCUGUUCAAUUCUUAAGUUUGUGAUUUAACGGGCUGGGCAAUGAAGAUAAAUUAAAGCAGUAUUUUAAACAGGUAGAUUUGUUUUUUUUUAGAACUUUUAUUUUGCUUACCAUGUGAAGGAAGCAUUAACUAUUGACCCCAAACCGUGCAGUGUUUGUUUGCUCCUGAGAUCCUUAAUGAAGAUUGUUUUACUGUAACAGCUGUCCUUUAAUAUGGAGUCGCUGUUUGUCUUUUUUUAAUGCUACAGGCUGCCUUCAUACAAACUACAAU